AUGUCUAAUACUCAUAAUGAUCCUCGUACAUUCAUUCCCAAUAAUUUUGGGGAUGUUAUGUCAUCGAAAACCACCACGUUACUUUUACCCAAUGAAUUUUCGGGGUUAGAAAGGAUUUGUUUAACUGCUAACGGAAAUUUACAAAGGAUAUUAAGUUCUUGGUUUAAUAAAACGGUUAUAAUAGAUAUUGUAAAAAAUGAUUUAGUUGAUAUUAAAAUGGAAGAAAAAAAGACCAACACUUUUACAGUUGAUAACGUAAUAUCAAAUGGAAAUCUUAAUUAUAAUAUUAUUAAUAUUUGUGAUGAAUUACCAAUUUUAAAAAGAUUUGACAGAGAAGUAAACCUUGUUUGUGAAGGUAAAAUCGUUUGUAAUGCUAAAAGUGAUGUUAUAAUUAAAGAUAAUAAUAUAGUGCAAUUAAUUGAACAUGAAGGCGUUGGGAUUGACGUUGAUAUUGCCAAAUCUCCCAUGAAUGAAACGAUGAACGAAAAGGUGCACGAACAGGUGCACGAAAUGGCGUAUGUUGAUGAAGUCGUGAAUAUCAUAACCGGUGCAAUUUUUGUUUACGAUCUGGGAUUAACAAAGAAGCAACGAGAUGAAAUAAAAAUAUUAAUGAAACUUGGAUAUUUUGAUGAAUUACGAGUUUUUAAUUUUUCAGAAUAUCCAUCAUUUUGGAACAUUACUAUAGCGCGUGGUGAAUACGCAUGGAAACCCGGUAUAGUUGCGGAAGUAGCUAAAGAAUAUCCGGGAAUUAUUACUUGGUUAGAUUCUGGUACUUUACCCGAGAAAGCAUUUUUUGAAAAUAUGUCUUCUUUAUUAGAGGAGUAUGAUGGACUUCUUUCCCCUAAUUCACCCGGACUUAUGAGAACAUGGACGCAUCCAGGUGUUUAUGAUUAUUAUGGUGAUGACGAAACGAAAUAUUAUGACUUUCCAAGUUGUAAUGCUGCUUCCAUAGUUUUUGAUACUAAAAAGGUUCAACAUAUUAUUGAUGAUUGGUAUUCAUGCGCUCUGGUCAAAGAUUGUAUUGCACCUGUUGGAAGUAGUAGAACAAACCAUCGUCAAGAUCAAGCCAUAUUAACUUAUUUGGCCGCACGUGAAGGACGUUAUUGUUUUUUGGAACUAGAAGAAUUAUGGCUUCAUACUCAUGAGGAUAGAAACUGUUCAAGAAUUAUCAAUUUUCAUGAGAAAUCAAAUAAAGUCAAGAUUAAAAAUCAUUAA